AUGUCUGGAAUUGCGAAUAUCACGUUUGGGGAAUGGUUCCAAACAAUAUAUUCAGAUAUUUUUGGUGUAUUCCAGAUGUAUAGGAGUGUGUAUUGUCAUCGUGCAAAAUUGGCUUUCCUUUGCCAACAAUUAAGCAAUUUCCAAAAAUCAAUGGGGCAAAUCGAAAUACCGUCAGACAGUCCAUCACCUCAACAGAUACAAAGGUUCAGAGAUCUAUUAAAAUACAUCAGUGAUCUUAGAAAUUUAUUUGCAUGUCUUGAUGCGUCCCAUUUCGUUGAAUUUGUAUCAACUGCAAAUGAAAAAUACGUCAAAUCGUUCGUCUCUAACUUUUGCAAGGAAUUUAAUAAGGUUUGCAGUGAUUUUCCAUUUUUAAAACAAGAACCUUUUAUUGAAGAUAAAGCUCAAGAAAUUACAGAUGAUAUAGCUGAUUUACAAGAUAUGAUUCGGAAAAUUUCAGGAAUCUUGCAAGAUCCAUCAGUUCCAUCGCAACUUACUGUUUUAUUACAGUGUAGAUUAGGCGAAUACCAGAAUGCACUCAAAGAAUUGAACACUGAGUUGGCUAGUUGCAAUACUAUAUCUAAAUCUCUUAAUGGAGAGAUGCUUAGACAAAGAUUAGAAUUACCUGAUUCAUUUUAUCUACAAAAAAGAGACUUUGUCCUUAAAAAGAAGAUUGGAUCUGGCGGAUUUGCAGAUGUAUAUGAAGGCAUUCAGCAAAGCACUCAAAAAGUUGUGGCCAUCAAAAUUUUACAUAAUAAUGAAAUUAGUGAGAGUUUAUUCAAAUCAUUCAAACGAGAAAUCGAAAUUCAGUCGAAACUUAAGAACUUUGCUAUUCUUGAACUUGUUGGUGUUUGUCUUGAAGCUCCAUUUUAUAUCGCUACUGAAUUUAUGCCAAAAGAUUGUUUGUUUAAACGUAUUCACUCACAAACAAAGCUCGAACCUACAAAGAAAACAAUUAUUGCAUUAGGAUGCGCAAUUGCAUUAUCAUAUAUGCACAAAUUGGAUUAUAUUCAUAGAGAUAUCAAGUCUCUCAACAUUUUACUUGAUGCUGAUGACUAUCCGAAGAUCUGCGAUUUCGGUAUGUCUAGAAAAUUAUUGCAUCAAGAAUUAAUGACAGGAGGAAUUGGAACCGCACAAUGGGAAGCACCAGAAGUUAUUAGUAAUCAAAUGUAUACAGAGAAAUGUGAUGUUUACUCUUAUGGUAUCUUAUUAUGGGAAAUCUUAACUGGAGAAGUUCCUUUCCGCGGUCUAACCCAGAUGCAGGUCGCCUCAGAUGUUGUAGGAAAUUCACAUCGUCCAGUCAUUCCUAAUGUUGCUCCUCCAAAAAUUACGAAGAUGAUUAAAUUAUGUUGGGAACAAGAUCCAAACAGAAGACCUUCAAUGGAAACAGUUGCCAGCGCUAUUGCUUGCGGAGAAGUUGUAUUUCCAGGUACUCAUAUGUCUGAAGUUCAAGCUUAUCUAACAAGAUUUGGUAAUGAUCCACUUGUUUCCGGAAUUAUUGAGUUAUCAAGUGGCAAAGAUCACCAGAACUCAGGCAGAAUUUACAAUCCAAGAGUCAAGAAUUCUCCAACACACAGUAAUGAGUUGAAAUUCCAAAACAGAACUCAAUCCGCGAGAGUUGAAACAACUCCAAGUGAAGUCAAACUUCUCAACAUGAUUGAUUUGAACAAACCAAAUGAAGCAUUAAUUCCAACUCUCAUUGAGAUGCUCAAGAACGAAGACAAUGAGCCUGUUAUCAGUUUAAUCUGUGAUCUUGCAGAGAAUCCUGAAUGGUGCAGAGAAUUCACGAAAUCUGAUUUAAUCAGUAGAUUAACAAUAAUUCUUUCUAAUACAACAUCACCUGUAAUUGCUGCAAAAAUCUAUGCAGUUUUCCAUAAAAUGCAAAUUGCAAAAGUUGAUAUUUCUUCAACAUACAAUGCGAUCUUUUCAUCAUUCCAGAAAAUCGGUGAUACAUCGAUGUUUGAUGUUCUUAAUCUAGUAACUUGUGCAACAAAAGAUGGUGUUGAAAUUCCAAUCAAUGAAGCAAUAAUCUCAAAAUUAGCUGCUUUCUUACAGGCAGGAAACAUGAAUCAUAGAACAAUGGCUGUUGAUAUCUUCCAGCAAUUAAUUUCAAAAUGCGAUAAUCCAAAGUUGUUUAUUUCAAUAUUUGGACCAUCAAUUGCAAACUUAAUUCCUGGGGGUGGAAUUCUUUCAAAAACAAUCAUAAUCGUUACUCAUCUAAUCAUCACAGGAAAACUUGAGUCAGAGUUCAUUGCUGCUGGUGGUUUCAUGAGUUUUCUGCAAUUAUUUACAACAAAAGAUCCAAGAAUUCCUGAAUUAAAUGAGAAUGACAGAAAAAGAGUUUUUCAUUCAUUCCUUUCUUUGUUGAAAGUUCCUUUGAAUGAAAAGAUUUUGCUAGAAUUUGCAAAUUUGUUACUUAAAACAUUGACAUGUUUAAGUGGAGAUGAAGUUGUUCAUUUUGUUGCAGCAACAACACAUACUUUCGUGAAACCAGAUCUUUCUCCUGUUAUUCUCGCAAAAUAUGCAGAAUUCAUCAAGAAAUGUCUUGAAAAUCCAGAAAUCAGAGUUGUUUUGAUUGCUUUGAAAGUUAAAUACUACUUCUUAAUGAAUGAGAAAACAAGAUAUUCCUUCUUAGAUUCUGGAGAAAGAUUGACAGAACUAUUAAAUCCGAAAGAUGAAGCUGUAUCUGCUUUGGCUGCUUCUUGUUUAAUCUUCUUUUACGCAUCAAUUGAAGGAGAAGAUUAUCUCAAGCUACUCAACCAAAAUCUCUUCCAAUACAUGUAUUACUGCUUGUCUUCUGAGUUCAGACUAACACCAUACGCAUUGAGAUUGUUUGGAACAAUAUCGAUGACAUACGAUGGAGCUGCUUUCCUUCAAUCAAAUCAGAUUCCUCAAUUGGCAGGAAAUUUCAUGUGUUCGAACACUCCAGAAAUCAAAUUACUUGGAUUCAAAGCUUUCUCGACUUAUGUCGUUACGUAUCCAAUGUCUGAAACAGCUUUGGCAGCAAUUCAGAUAUCAAUCCAAUCAUUGGCAAAUACAUCUUUGGCUCCUUAUCCUCUGUUAAUGCUCAGUUCAUUGAUUGUCUGUCCGAUCGCUGCUAUAAACAUUGCUCCAAAUAUUGGAUAUUUGAUUAAAAUGUUGGAUUUAGCAGAUGGAUCUCACAGACUUUUGAUUUUGAGAUUGUUGACAAAGAUAUUUGGAAUUCUGGAAGCAAGAGAUUAUUUCAAUGACACAAAUGCUUUGGUAGAACUCUUCAAUAAAGCGGAAACAUUCUUCGGAACGAAGUAUUGGUGGAGAUUAGUCAAAUUAAUUGAUGUGUCAACAGGAACAACAACAGGAUUAAGAGCAAUUGCUCAAUCAAAUGUUAUUGAAGUUCUCAAACAAGCAAUUCAGCUCAGAAAUAUCACGACAAAACAAAAACGUCAUAUCAACAGAGUUUUUGUUCGAAUUCAGCAAAUUUCAUAA